GCAAAGGCAGAAAUACAUCAUUUGACGCAUCGAUACUCUGAUGUAGAAGUAGACCUAUGCUGAUCCUGUUUUUGUUACACACGAUGCCGACUACACUGCUCCUACUUCUCUGUCUGUCUGGACACGUAUUUUCCAAAGAACCACCUGAUGUGGACUGUUGGGUGAUUCAUCUGGAACAUGUCAACUGUUCCUGGAAUAAACAAGGGACCCCAGACGUCAAUUACACCUUCUACAGUUGGUUCCAGAGUGACAAAAAGAACUGCACCACCUAUGUGUCCGAGAACAGCAUGAACACUGGAUGUAUCCAACCCUACGACGAGCUGUUAACCAGAAGGUUCCUCACGUUUCACACACGACUGUCACACGGCAACAAGACAUUCGUGAAGACACAUCAACUGAAACAAAAAGUGCUGUUAUAUCCACCAAUCAACCUGACUGUCAAGAAUGGCUCGGACUAUAACCUGUGGUUUUACUGGAACCAGACUGCUGCGCAUUGUGCGGCGAGUGAAGUUCGCUUCAGGGUCAACGACAAGAAUUGGGAGAAUUCUCUGGUCAGUAUUGGGACUCAGAAAUACUGCAUCAACUUGCCUUCCAGCAGUUCCAGGUAUGAGCUGCAAGUGAAGAGCAGAGUGGGGAAAGACUGCGGAGAGUCUUCUAACUGGAGUAGCUGGAGUGAGCCUGCAGUCUGGGGAUCCAACAACAGCAUAGACACCAAUGCAGAUGUGUCUGUGUCUACGUGGACUCCACUGCUUUAUGUGGUCGCUGCUGUUGUUCUCAUCCUGUUUGUCGUGAUGUUGGUGCCCAAUGAAAGGCUCCGAAUCAUCCCAAUCCCUGUAGUUCCAAAGCCAGUACUGGUCCUUUGCGACAUUGAGGAUUGGCCUCAAUUCUCCAAAGGCCUGAAGGGGAAUUUGAGCUACAACGAGCACGCCUGUCCUGUCCGGGAGUACUGCCACGUCUCUGAGUCCGACAGCGACAGCUCUGAUGGCUCCACCUGCUCCGUCACCACUGACCAAACCGAUUGCUCCGUCUCCAUCGCUGUGAACAAUGCAGACGACCUUUCCACCUCCGCAGGUCUUCUCUCCUCUCAGGAGGAGGAGCAGGUCUCUGUGUAGGAGGCCUCUCAGUCAGGGUCGGGGUUUGCCGUGACUUUUCGAUCAGGAAAUUCUUAUACUGACAGACACAUCUAAGAAUACAUGAUGUAUGCUCUUUAAAUUCUCCUUGUCAGAUAAUAUCAUAGUAUAUUGAAACACACAAACAAUUAAAUCUAAAUUAUUAGUGAGUACAGAUUCCGACCACAAGAUGCAAAAACCCAGCUUCACUAUUUUUGAAUGUAACUUUGUCAGGAGAGACAUGGUCUUAAGAAGAAGCUGCAAUAAAAUGACCCAUUGAAAAUCUAUAUAAGCAAAGCAGGACUUCAUUCUUCACAACACUUAUCGUUUAAUAACAUGGUAAAACCAAUGAACUCUUACUUUUUGCUUCACAAAAGUAUUUUUUCUUUAUAUGCAUCUUUGAAGUUAGAUAAUCUGUGGAUGUUUCAUGAUAGAUUUAGUGAAAUAUAUGUACACUUUUCAUAAAUUUAACAUUUGUAAGACAAAGGAACAAAAUGUAUACCCAGGUAUCUCUGCUGCACCAGAAAUAUGGUAUCUGCUCUGUAGACUCUGGAACCCAGUUUUAAAUAUUUUGGAUCUUAUUUUUGAUAUUAUUCCAGUGGUUGACUGAAAGUUAAUUUCAGUCUAUGAGAGAAAAUGGCUUGUUCAAGAUACAUUUCUGUUUGCUUUGUAACAUAUAGUUUUAGUUUCAUGCAGUUGGAUCAUGACAAAAUAUAUUAUCCAAAAUAUUUUUGGCAAAAUACCUUAUUGGCAAUGUAGAUUACUUUUUUUAUUUACUAUGAACAAUUAUCAGAUAAAUUAUAGAAAAUAGAUGGAAGAAACACAAUGUAGUUUUUUUUUUAAACACCAUUAGCCGUUAACUCACUUGUUACGUAUUACUUUACUCUAAUAAGGCACCUGAUAAAUGUUUUUAGAGGAAACUUAUAAACUCUUUGAGUUAAUUGUCGGAAAAUAAUAGUAGUAGUUACAUCCCAGCAACAUCAUUUUCCUAACCUAUUAUACCUUAUGACUUUGAAUGUUACUUAAAAUCUUUGCAUGUACUUUUUUUUAAUUUGCCUGGACGUUGUUGUUGGAACCUAUUUGUAUUUGUAUUGUUCAUUUACAAUGUGACUUCCUGUGAUGUUUGUGUACUGUUAAGUUUUCAGGCCAAUUUUGUCUUAAUUAGUUAAUUGAGCCUAUAUAAACGGGGUGAAUUGUUAUGAUUGACAGCUGAGACUGACUCGCGAAUGGUCAAGCAUGGGAAUGGGCAGGACCUAGUUACAUAUUUUAAAAUCUUUGAAUGUACUUUUUUUUAAAUUUUCUUGGACGUUGUUGUUGGAGCCUCUUUGUAUUGUUAUCGUUUAUUUACAGUGUGACUUAGCUGUAAACUCCCACAUGUAUCUUUUUGUUUUAACUGGUUGGACGUUGUUGUUGGAGCCUCUUUGUAUUGUUAUUGUUUACUUUACUUAGCUGUUUACUCCCACUUGUAUCUUUUUGUUUUAACUGGUUGGACGUUGUUGUUGGAGACUCUUUGUAUUGUUAUUGUUUACUUUACUUAGCUGUUUACUCCCACUUGUAUCUUUUUGUUUUAACUGGUUGGACGUUGUUGUUGGAGACUCUUUGUAUUGUUAUCGUUUAUUUACACUGUGACUUAGCUGUAAACUCCCACAUGUAUCUUUUUGUUUUAACUGGUUGGACGUUGUUGUUGGAGACUUUUUGUAUUGUUAUCGUUUACUUUCCUUAGCUGUAAACUCCCACAUGUAUCUGUUCUUUCUAAAUAAAUAUGACCUGAUAACAA